UAUCAAGCAUGCCGUGCUCCACGGCAGGAGGUUCAGUCGCAAGCAAUCCAUAGAAAGAUCACUAUGGAGACGGAGAAGCAAAAAAUACAAAAAAUAAUGUGGCCUCAAUGGAUCGCUGCCAAUGGAGUCACUCUUCUGCUGAUGCAAGUAGGAAUGAUGUCGGCUUGGAGCUCGCCAUAUGUUGCCUACUUGACCUCACCUAAAUCCCACAUCCCCAUGACAAUGAAUGAGGCCUCGUGGGUAGUUUCGCUGUUAAACUUAGGCAGACUAAUUGGCGCUUUUUUUGGCGCUGUUUCCGUCAACUACUUUGGCAGUAAAACAACUAUUUUCAUUACUUGUAUACCGUACGCUCUCUGCUGGCUAUUUAUGAUAGUGGCUAAUCGAGUGGAGUGGUUGUACGUGUCAAGAUUUCUAGGCGGUAUUGCUUUCGGGAAGACAUAUAGUUGCUUUUCCCUUUAUCUGAGCGAGAUCGCCGAUCCAUCUAUCCGCGGAGCUACGGUCGUUUUAGGUAUAUCUAUGACUGGGAUAGGGAUAGGCCUAUUGACAAUGUGCAUCAUGGGCGCAUAUUUGAGCAUCGGUAUCGCUAGCGGCAUAAGUUUCGCACAUUGUUUCAUAGUGAUGGUUAUCUUUCUCUGGCUACCAGAAUCGCCGCAUCAUCUCAUCAAGAUCAGAGCUGAGGAGAAAGCGCGAGCAUCGAUUCGUUGGUAUCAUCGCGACUGUGACGUGGAAUCGGAACUGCACUCCUUAAAGAAAUUUAUCGAGAUGAACAGAAGUACAAGUGUCGUGAACGUUAUCAAAGAGUUUAGAGUUCCACAUAUUGGUAAAGCUUUAGUGCUCGUAACGGUACUCUACAUGUACGGCCAAAUGUGCGGCAUGAACAACGUCGUGUUCUACAUGGAAACUAUCUUGCGAAGCGCUCAAGUGACUGUUCUUGAGCCGGCGGUAGUCGUCAUCAUCGUCUCGGGCAUCGGAAUCGUAAGUUCUCUCUUCUCCAUGAUGCUGAUCGACAAAUUCGGCAGACGGGUCUUGCUGGUGAUCUCAAGCGUAACCGUCGCGAUCUCGCUCAUAUGUUUGGGCACGGAUUUCCAGCUUCUCGACGCGGACUACGAUCCCGUCGAUCUUCAGGUUUUGCCGAUCUUCUCAGUGGUGCUUUUCCAGGUGGCCGUGUUCAUGGGCAUCUUUUCAAUACCUAACACGGUGCUGGGUGAGAUCUUCCCGCCGCAUGUCAAAUGCAUGGCCAGUUGUAUAACCAGCAUCACGGCCGGACUAUUCGCAUUCAUCUCUACGUCGACUUAUCAGCCUCUCAUCAAUCUCUUAACGGAGAAGUACGUGUUUUAUGUGUACUCUUUGCUUCUGAUAACCGCAGUGCCGUUUGCGAUCUUCUGCAUACCCGAGACGAAAGGCAAGUCACUGCAGCAGAUUCAGGAAGAGUUGAAAAAAGGUUGAACAAUAGUUGUGCGAUAAUUCUAAGGAACUCACGGAGGAACGCUAGAUUGUCUCACGGAAAACGAUAACUUAUUUUCUCACGUUCGGUGAAACGCUUUUUUUUUUUACAAUAAUACAACGUCGGUGAUCUCUUCAAAUAGCACAGCCAACAUAACGAUCUGCAAUCUUUCUUUCCCUCUGUCUCGUUUUCGCUAACGAUUAUUUUUCUCAUUUAAAAUAGAGUUGUGCCGAUAAACAUAUGCAUCGAGAAACGUGUGAUAACUUAAGUUAAAACUAAUUACAUCAUAAAUGUUGGCAUUUAUCCACUGUGCAAAUAAAUUACAAUUAACGGCGUGUGAUCUUUUUGCCGACGACACUGUGAAGGACGUUUCUUUUUUUCUUCCUCGAACUUGAAAACGCAAAUUGAUUGCUGUUUCGUAUCACCAAGGUGUAAAAUGUUUUUAAUCUUGAUUGUCAAUGCGUUGCUUAACUAUCAAACACGCGUGGGACAGUAAAUCAUCGAUAUUUUGCAACAAUAAAUGGAAUUUUCUGGUGACUUUGCAUGACUUUUUUCAGAUGACAAAAAGAUCUCGUGUUCCGCGAACGUAAAACGAUAAAUGUACGUACAUAUAAAUGUGACGAUAUUUUCUUGCGAACUUUGUGUGUGUGUUUGCGAAUGCAGAUAUCUCUUUUCUGAGAUAUCACGCGCAAUUAAGCAGAUAUUGCAUGAAAUCUCGUCACCGGUGAUUCCGUUGUAUCAAUCUAACUUAUUUUUUUAUCUGAUCGAGAAACACGCGAGAUAACUAUUUUUCUUUUUGACAUGGACAUAUGUAGACCAAUAUAAAGUUGGAACUCGAAGAGUUUCACAAGAUAAUGCUUCAUCAUCGAGAACGUUACAACCGAUGAUACUAUAAAUUCACUAUCUUAUCUCGUAUAUGCAUGACUUGUUGUGUCUAUAUUGAGAUCAUGGCUCAAGUAUUUAAAAAACAAACGUAGUAUGAAAUAUGUGAGAUGUGUACAACAAGGAAAUAAAGUAUGUAAAACUUUCAAAAAUUUUGAAUAAAACAAUUGCGAAGAGCUAA